AUGGCACAGCCGAUCCAGUAUGCACAGCUCCCCAAAUUUGAGUACCAGACCAUCGAGCGUCACUAUCAGACCUUCGACCCUCAUACUCUUAAAUUUUCAUAUUAUCCUGUCAAUUCUACAUCUACCGAUGGUCUGACCCCCAAUAAGGAUCAGGGCACCACUGACGCCCCCCUCGCCGCCGAACCCCCCAAGGAUGACCCUGUCCCUGACCCUGCCCCAGCUACAGAAGAUGGAUCAGACUCUCCUACCGAUACCUCGUUAUCAUCGCCUGAGGCUGGAGAUUCAACGGACGCAACAACGCCUCCUGAGUCAAUAGAUUCUUCCAGUGAGACGGCUGCAGAAUCAAAAGAGGAAGCCGAGCCACCUGCCGCAGCAGAGAACACAGAACCCGAGCCGACGACAACGACAGAGGCCGAGGGCGCCGCCGCCCCCGAAGAAGAGAAGAAAGACGAGACGCCAGCAGAGUCAACAGAGUCCACAGAGUCUACCGAACCUGCUGCCGAACCAGCCGCUGCUGAAGAAAGCGCACCAGCAGAAGCAGCCACCGAGGAAGCGGAGAGCACGCCUGCUACAGCGGAGGCAAACGAGGACACUACUCCCCCCAAGGAAGGAGAAGCAGAAGCCGACAAGAGCAAAGAUGAGGAUGACUUCCCAGAAUGUGAUCCUACUGCAGGCCUUGACGAAGUCGAAGCCGAGAAAGAAGCUGCCGCCAAGCAAGCCGAAGAAGACGCCAACGCCGAGGCGGAGGAGAAGGCGGCAGCUGGGAACGAACUGAUUGAUCUCGACGACGGGGCUCAGGAAGAAGAGACGCCGACGACACCGGAGGCUCUUGCGGAGGAGAAACAGGAGAACGAAGAACCAGCCGCCGAUGCUGCACCUGCUGCGGAUGACGACACCCCCAGUCCUCCUGAGGAGGCACCAAAAGAAGAAGAGGGCACCGCUGAGGCAUCGACUGAAGAGACUAAGGCCGAGGAGGCAGCCGCCCCCGAGACGGAAGCCAAUGCCGACGCAAGUGAGAAGGAAGGGGCGACUGAAGAGCCAGCGCAAGCGGAGGCUCAGGAAGCACCGGCCGCAGAAAACCUAGACAAGGAAGCAGCAGAGCCUGAACCUGAAGCGGCUGAGGAGGCGCCUACGACGACUGAAGAAGCCCCCCAACCAGAUGCUGAGGAUAAGCCGGAGGAAGCCACAGAAAAGCCUUCCGACGAACCUGCAGCAGAUGGGGAGAACAAGGAAGAGCCAUCAGCAGAACCAGCUGCAGAGCCAGCCGCAGCAACAGAAGAGGAGGCUAAACCAGAGGAGCCAGUCAAGACCGAAGAAGAGGCUCCGAAGGAGCCUGAGGAGACGGCAGAUGCCCCAGUGGAAGAGCCCGCUCAACCCGAAGCCGCUGAAGCGCCCGAACCUGAAGCUGCCGCCGAGGCAGCUACCUCCGAGGAGGCACCCUCCGAUGAGCCGAAAGCGGAGGAAGAAUCAAGCAAGGAAGCAAAUGCACCGGCUGCUGCUGAGGCUGCCCCCGAGGAGCCUACUAGUGAAGACGUUGCUGCCGCCGAAGAAUCCCCAGAAAAACCUGCCGAAGAACCUGCUGCCGCAGAGGCCGACACUGACAAAGACUCCACCGAAGAGCCCGCCGCCUCAAGCACGCCUGAAGAACAACCUGCCGAGCAGGAAACCCCGGCAGAGGCCGCGGACGCGACGCCAACAGAGGCUCCCACGGAAGAAAAGCAGGCUGAGGAUACGCCUGCCGAAGAGCCAGCCGCUGCCGAAGAUGCGCAAGCAGAUGCAUCUACUGAUACCCCUCCUGUAGACGAGCCUGCACCAGAAGAAAAGCCCGCCGCAGAGCCCGCCACCGAAGAGCCUGCCGCCGAGGAACCCGUCGCAGAGGCAGCACCAGCCGCAGAGGCUUCCGCGGAAGAGGAGCCCGCCAAAGAGGCUUCAGCCGAGGAAGAAGCGGCUGCUGAACCAGCUGCCCAGGAGGCUACCUCAGAGGAACUAGCUCAGGACAAGGAACCUGAACCUGAAGAAGCACCCGCUUCUGAAGAGCCCGCAGAGCCUGUUCCUGUUGAAGAAAAGCCAGAGGAACCGCAACCUCCGGCUGAAGAGGUGACUGAGGCUCCUGCUCCUGAUGACUCUGUGCCAGCUGAAGAGCCCGCUGCGGAAAAUCCCGAACCUCCCGCAGAAGAGCAAGAAAUUUCCAAGGAAGCCCCUGUUGAAGCUACUCCCGAGGAGCCAGCCCCAGCUCCUGAAGAGCCCGUCGCUGAAGAACCAGUUGUCGAGGAACCGACUCCUGUUAGCGAGUCUGCUCCUGUGGAAGAGCCUGCCGCUGCUGAGGAACCUACACCGGUAGAAGAUUCUGUUGCUAGGGAGAUUCCUGCAGAAGAGCCUUCUGUAGAGGAGCCUGCCACUGCUGAAGAGCCUACUCCGGGGGUUGAUAAUGUUACUAGGGAGGUUCCUGUAGAAGAGCCUUCUGUCGAGGAACCUUCCACCGAUGAGCAUGUAUAUAAUGCCGCCGAAGAGCCAGUCGACAUCGUGGAACGUGCUCCUGCCGAAGAACCCACUCCAGCUGACGAGCCUGUUGUUGCCCUUGCCGAGCCUGUUGCCGAGGAACCUACCCCAACUGAAGAACCUGCAGCUGCUACCGCAGAGAAGCCUACGGCCGUGGAGCCCGCUGCCGCAGAAGAGACAGUUCAAAUUGAAGAGCGUGCGCCCGCUGAAGACCCUGCUCCAGCUGAAGAGGGUGCUGCUGAGCCUGCUCCAGCUGAUCCACCCACCGAAGAGCGUGCUCCUAAAGAGCCUGACGCCAUGGAAGAACGUGCUCCCGCCGAACAGCCAGCGCCGGCGGAUGAGGCACCUGCCGAAGUGCCUCCUGCCGAGGAACCGGCCCCCGAAGAGAUCCCUGAAGAGAUGCCGGAACCGGCAGGUGAAAGGGGUCUGCCAGAGGACGAGGGCAUAGACCCUGCUGCUGCUGCUGCUGCUGCUGCUGCUGCAGGCGUCGCAGGCGCAGCUCUCGGAACCGCAGCAGGCCUAGGAGCUACACACGGUUCCAAGAGAAGGAAGAAGCGCUCGCCUGACUUGGGCGAAAGGCGUCCUUCGAAGAGCUCAACCGAAGAACACCGGUCGUCACAGAUGCAACGACAAAAAAGUGAUCGGGGCGGUCUGUUCACAAACCGGUGGGCCAGGUCCCUAGAUGAGGCCAAGCGACAGCACGAGGCUAAACAAGAGGAGAAGCGACGGAAGGAGAAGGCCUACGAGAAGGCAUACCACGCCGAGGAGAAGGACCGCUCAAGAGAGGCUAGACGAGCGGAACGCGCCGAGCGUGUCGAGCGUUCCGAGCGCACUGAGCGAAGAGAGCGGUCUGAUCGCGCCGAACGGACCGAGCGACCUGAGCGAGUCGAAAGGGUCGAACAAGCAGAGCGUGUUGAGCGUGUCGAACGCGCACCAAGAGCCAAAGAGUCCGGACACAGCAGAUCCCAUCACCGGAGCUCAGAUCAUUCAGGAAGCCGUGACGGCGAACAGCGCGAACAGCGAGACCGUGACCGCAAACCAAGCUCUUCCUCCAAGCACUCUUCGUCCUCGACGCCCAAACCUCGAGCCUUCCUGAAGUACAUGACGAACGGCGAAUCCGAGAACGGUCCGCUCCUCGUCAUCAACGGCGCCAAAGCCGCCGCCAACAUCGUGGACGUUCCUCGUCGUUCCUCAACCAGCCAUACCCACGGCCAUCGCCACUCUCAGGAAGGCCGACGAGGGUCCAGCGAGCGCUCGAGCGGCUCCCACCGCACCGAGGAGGAAGAUCAGGCCCGGCGUGAAGCCCGACGAGCUCGCCGCAAAGCCGAAGAGGAAGAGCGCCGAAAGGCCGAUGAAGAAGAGGCACAAAUGAAGGCCGCUGCAGAUGCGAAGGCGAAAGAAGAAUCCGAUAGUCGUCGUCGCCGUCGCGAUGGCGAAGAACGGCAUCGGCAUCAUCGACAUCGUCGCGAGCCUUCUCCUCUGAGAGGUGCUUCUAAGCUGAAGGCUAAUGCCGAACAAGCCCUUCACCCCAUUACCGAGUAUAGUUAUCUUCCCCUGAUGAUUGACGAAAUAUAA